AUGGGGAGGAAGCUGGACCUCUCCAAGCUAACCGAUGAAGAGGCCAAGCACGUCUGGGAAGUUGUUCAACGAGACUUUGAUCUGCGGAAGAAAGAGGAGGAACGGCUGGAGGAGCUGAAAUGCAAGAUCGACCAGGAGAGCAGCAAGAGAGAGUUCCUGACAAACCAGUCCCACCUCAAUGAAACCCACUGUGUCCACUGCCUCCAGCCCUUCAAGUUUCUGCUGAACAGCAAGAGACAGUGCCUGGACUGCCACUUCUACACCUGCAAGAACUGCAGCCGCUACAACAAGAAGGAGCAAGGCUGGGUCUGCGAUCCCUGCCGCCUCUCCAGGAUCGUGAAGAUCGGUUCCCUGGAGUGGUACUACGAGCACGUGCGAUCCCGUUUCAAAAGAUUCGGAAGCGCCAAAGUGCUGCAGUCCCUCUAUGGCAGGCUGCAGCCAGGGCAUGGGCUGAACUCUGCAUUUCUAGGUCUUCAUGACAGAGUUUACAGCCUGCCAGACAUUAACAGUGAAUGCCAGCUCCUCACCAGCGGUGACAUUGAGGAUGACAGCGAUGAUGAAGACAGUGUACUUCGUGGAGCUGAAGCAGAGUGCUACAGCAGAAUGCGCAAGACAAAGCGCCUGCUGUCUGUCCACCCCUUUGAUUUUGAACUGGACUCAGAGUAUUCUGCUCAGUCUCGUCGCCAGUCUGUGCAGCUCUCUCCAGCAGCCAGCAGUCCGGAUGCUUUCCAGUCCUUCACAGAUUUUCCCAACUCAGCUGAAGAUGCCUCCCAGGAUUCUAGGAUCACAGAUGCAGAUCUGGUCUUCCACCACGUCUUGCAGGAACAAGGCCCAGGCAUGAGCCCUCCAGAGCAGCAUUUCAGCACAGAGGUUCGACUCACUGUGAAUUCACGGAGAAGAAGCCUGGAAAAAAAUGCAAAACCUGGCAGCUCCUGGAAUGAGCAGCCCCGGUCCCGGUACUCUGCAGAUAUGGACACCUCUGAUGAAGACAUGAAGGGAGCCCAGGUCCCUGCCUACCCACCCCAGCACAUCAAACGCCGGAACAGAGCUUCCUCCCAGGAGAAUGUCAGCCACUCUGGGAAUCAGAUUCAUGAGCUCAACAAACGCAUGUCUGCAAUCGAACGCGUGCUGAAUCGCUUGGAGGAAAAAAUCCUGGUGCGCUCUGACGAGUCUCCAGCCCCAGAAUCCCAACUUGAUCCUGACGCCGAGGAGGAAGAUUUGAAGAGGAAGCUGGAGGAGUUAGCCAGCAACAUCAGUGACAAAGAAGUUUCUUCUGAAGAAGAGGAGCACGAAGAAAAUAAGAGAGUGAAGAAACCAGAGAUGAGUUCCUCCAGUGAUGACAUGGCCAGAGAUGUUCGAAGGAAGUCAUCAGCUCAGGCUUUGAGUGAAAUCACAGCCAAAGUCCUGAGAGCCAUAAACGCCACGGAGACAGCGGUGUGUGAGUCGUUGCAUGGAGAGAGCCAGUGCAAGGGUGGCUGUGGCCUCCCCGCAGGGCAGCUUCCCAGCCUGGGAGACGGGAGAGAGGUGGCCGAAGUGUACCGUGAGCUUGAAGAAAAUGUGUACUUGGCAGCUGGGAAGACUUACCAGCUUGAGAAGACCCUGAAGGAGCUUGAGGAAGGGACUCAGCACAGUGGCACUACCGACUCAGAGCUGUCAGAGCUGGAGGACAAAGUGGCCUCAGCAGCCAUUCAGGUGCAGCAGGCAGAGAGCGAGGUGUCAGACAUCGAAUCUCGAAUUGCGGCUCUGUCCGCUGCAGGGCUGACAGUGAAGUCGGUGGAAAAGGCGAGGAAGAAGUCGAGUGGGCAGGCUGCCUUCCUCCAUUCUCCCGCUCCCACCAGCAGCAGUGCAGGGGAGUCUUCAGAUGAUGUUAAAGCAAUGCCCAGGCUGCAGGGAUUCAGGAGGAAGUUCAACAGUCCCCUCCAAAUCACCAGUUUUGAUGACUCCUUUGACCGCAACUCUAUUUACCGCGGCUCCCUGACGCAGAGAAACCCCAACGGGAAGAACAGGAGAGUGGAGAGGCUCUUUGCGAAGCCUGUGAUGACACACCUGUCCUGA